AUGUGUCUCUGUACUGUCUUUAUGUUCUCAGGUGUUGUUAGAGCUACGUGCCCCCCAGGCUGGCAGGGGUGGUCUGGACACUGUUACUAUAUAGAGACAGGGGAUCGGAUGUCAUGGACAAAUGCCAAGGCAGCCUGCACCCAUUACAAGGACACACGGCUUCUCUUUAUUAACCGCCCUGAGGAGAAGGUACAGGACUCACAGUACAUUAAGGACAGAUUGAUAUCUGUGCAUGUCACAGCCUGGAUCAGCACUUUACUAACGAUUAAUGCUAAAUCCGUCCUGCCGUUACAGAGCUGGGUGUCUACCGCCAUUAAAGAGAACUCCUGGAUCGGACUCAACGAUAUUGAUAAAGACGGCAAGUGGAGCUGGGCAGGCGGUGAACCAGCUGAUACGUCAGCCACAUGGUGCGUGAAAAACAAGGCAGCAUUCUGAUACACACAUCUGUAACACACGUUUCAUGUAUGUAGGUAGUGGGGAAUUACGAUGCCACAUAAACAUAGAUAACCCCAAUAAGCCCUCCCCCCCCCAAUAACGACAGACAACUCAGUAUGGAUGAACAGGCCACAGCAUUUAUUAUAACAUAAAUAAAUUACUGCAUAACAUUCCAUAACUUUAUUUAUUAAACUUUUCUUUCUGUUAGAAAUAAAUAAUCAUAAAUUAACAUAUAUACAUAUAAUAACAAAACGUGCUAUGCAGAGACCCAACCGUCCUUGCCAAUAAACAUACAGUGGUUCCUAAUCACCACUUCCUCUCACCUCCCCCCUCGUCAUAAAAAUCAUAUAUUUCCAAUGCCCGCCAUCAGCCGACCUUAUCCACGCUCGAUGGGCACGACACCUCAGGUAACCUAAUGUUAACCUUUUGAAGCAGGGGAGAUUGAGACCUGCAAAACAUAAAAACGUACUCUAUCCUUAAACGUAACCCCUCAAACUUAAUUGGCAAGGAUGUACCCCGGCUAGCUGUGACUAACUAAGACUCAAAAGGGGUGGGCGGGAGGGAAGCUGUUUGCUGGCCCGUAUCCCAAGUGGCACUGAGGUAAGACCUCCCCCACGCUAACUUAUAUUGAACCUAACCCCUCCCAUACACAUUACCCAAGUCACUCCCCUGCAUCUAUCCCCACACUCCUACAUGUGCCCUUGUCCGCUUAGCUGCGCUAUCUCCCCAGGGCCUUAUUCAAUUAUGUUAAACAACGCAAUCUGAGCUAUUUACCAAACAUGGAUCUGUGGAGAAUUAACCUGCAAAUUUCACAUCUUAGGUCAAAAACUGGAAUGGAAAACAAUUUCCUAACAGCUAUCUUGACCUAAAUUGUAGAAUUCCGUGGUGGGUUCGCCACCAUUCCCCGUUUAGUUAAUAACCCCUAGCUGUACUCAUUACCCCGGCACAGGCUCAUUGACCUAACGUCAGCUCCCGCUGGCUGUGCGGAGAUCAGUACUGAUGGCAAAGUGACGUCACAGACAAACUGCGCGGCUCUGAGAACCUGGAUCUGUGAGAGAGAUGAAGGUACGGACACUUCUACUCACCCUGCUUGGGGAAACUGGGUUACUGGCCCUUAAACAGCACACUAAGCACUUUCAUGGAAUUUCCUGGCAUUCAGCUGCUGUUUGUCUGCAGUUAAAGGAAAUUUGGUUCCAGGUCGACUGUUUGGGAAAUAGCUGGGUCACCCAUCUUAUGUGGAGACUUCACUAAAUUCAACAGACAAAUUGUGGACAAAUGGCCGCAAAAAUUGGGUUAAAGUAGCCAAAUCUGCCUUUUACGAACAGCCAGGUUAUUUAGCUUGUCUCCGUGUUUCCCGCCCUUCCGUGUCCCCCAUCCUUCCGUGUCCCCCAUCCUUCCGUGUCCCCUGUCCCUCCGUGUCCCCCAUCCUUCCGUGUCCCCUGUCCCUCCGUGUCCCCCAUCCUUCCGUGUCCCCUGUCCCUCCGUGUCCCCCAUCCUUCCAUGUCCCCUGUCCCUCCGUGUCCCCUGUCCCUCUGUGCCUCCUAUCCCUCCGUGUCCCCUGUCCCUCUGUGCCUCCUAUCCCUCUGUGUCCCCUGUCCCUCUGUACCUCCUAUCCCUCCGUGUCCCCUGUCCCUCUGUGCCUCCUAUCCCUCUGUGUCCCCCGUCCUUCCGUGUCCCCCGUCCCUCUGUGUCUCCUAGCCCUCCGUGUCCCCUGUCCCUCUGUGCCUCCUAUCCGUCUGUGUCAACUGUCCCCGUCCCUCCGUGUCACAAUGGGUUCUCCACCAAACAUUAACAGAAAGCCUCACGUCUGUCAUUUCAAGUUUACUGAAUAACCCCCAAUGUUUUCUAACAUACUAAUUGCAGAUCUAUAUUUUUUAGCAGUGGAUUUAUUUCUAGAGUAUCCACGCCACGCAUUACUGAAACCGCGUGCAAACUCGGAUCAGCUGGCCUCGUUGGGCAGUGCGAAGGAAGCGUGUAUUCUGGGAUCAGAGAGCUGCACUGGCGUGACGCAGUGGGAGGGAGCCUUUGUACUGGUUUCUGGGAACCAAAUGGUUCUUUCCACCUUAGUUCCAGUGACCGCCUACCUAAGGACCGGUAGGUCCCUUUCACCAAUUCCCUCUCACCGUAAAAUUAAAUCGAUAUCGAUAUCAGCCAGUUUAUCGCGCGCAGUCGCCACAUCGGUUAUGGAUGGAACCUCUCCGUUUCUGGCAGACCGAGGUGUUUUAGCUCUGGCUAUAAAUUGCCGGUCACCGUGUCAGUGGUUAUAGUCAUUACACUAAUUAUCAGCAUUAUUAUUCUAUUAAACAGGCAUACCCCACUUUUAAGUACACAAUGGGACCAGAGCAUGUAUGGAAAACAAAAAUGUACUUAAAGUGAAGCAAUACCUUUUUUCACUUCCCAAUGCAUGUACUGCAUUGCAAUAGUCAUUUACAGGCAUAACUGAUACUGCAACUGCAGCUUUCCAGUGAUUUUAUUUCCAGUGAUUUAUUUAGUGAUUUCCAGUGGGCUUUUAUUCAGUUAAAACAAACCUUAAAAAGAAAAAUCUUAUUCCAGAUCGUACCAUUUAUCUUUAAUGUUUUACUCAUCUGACAACCUUAAACUGUGAGGAAAAGUAAAAUAAACCUGCCCACUGGGCCAUAUUCUGUCAAUACAGUGCCAAUUUGUGUUUGUUAGGAGCUUAGUUGCACACUUUGUUUAGAAACACCUCUUCAUCACUUUAAGCAUUUAUGGUUUAACUUUGAAUCCUCAGGAUUGUGGCUAAUGCAGCUAAGCUGCUAAGUCAUAGUUAUAGAAAAUGGCAGGGUAAACCCUUUCACUGGAUGGCAGCCGAUUGCAGAAUAUGGACAAUGUGUGGGCAGAAAAAUAUAUAUAUAUGUUCAGCUAGGAGUAGGCAUUAUGACUUUGAGAUGAAUAACCUGUGCCAUGUCAGAAGGUGUGAAAAGUUCCUGCCCCAAUGACACUGAACUGAGCUGCUCCGGGCGAGAACAGAACCUUCCAUUUCCUGUUCUCUUGCGGACAGAAGAGGCACGGGAAUGUCUGUACUCGCUAGGCACCUUUACGUACACUCGCAGGUAUGUCUGUACUCGUGAGUGUAUGUAAAGUGAGUGUAUGUAAAGCGGGGUAUGCCUGUAUUACGGUUUCUCACCCCACCCCACCUCCAGUUUGUUCUUUUAGUUUCAUAUCUUUUGGGUUUGUUUUCUGACACUGUAAUGGAACUCCUUACCAUGGUAAUCCUUUGCCACGCUGAGCAUUAGACAGCAGAGCUUGCACUCUAAUAUGACUGACACCGUGAGUGUUGGCGCUGUUGCCGUAGCAUAGCUUUGUGUUUGUUAGGAUUGUGGUGGAUGUACAGCUAAAGAAUUAAAAUGUUUUUAUCUUCAGCCUGUGCCCCAGGGUACUAUGGGAUAAAAUGCGCCAACACGUGCUACGCGUGUCCGCAAAAUCUUAUCUGCAACGCCGUCACUGGACUCUGCGACAGCAUCGUUACCUGCAUCGGUGGCCUUCAGCUCUCCGGCUGUCAAAGUAAGGGAAUAAUUCAUAUUUAUUUACCGCAAACUCCUAAGAGGGAACAAUGCAACGCUCUGGGGCAAUAUCGCCAUCGUGUCGCAGUUGUCAUGGAAACCAAGAGCAUGAUCCCUCUAUUUCCUACACAGUCAGAAUUGCUGUAAAUACAAAGCUUGGAGUGAAUAUCGAUGAAAUGCGCUGCUUGUGAGGUCAUCGCCUUCUCCGAUCUCACUGUUUAGGAUAUAUUCUAUAAAUAAUGCGCUGUACAUGCACUAGACAAGGAAUUGUGGAAGAUUUUUUGGGAAAAUAGCCACCGCAGCCUCUAUUCAAGAAAAAAAACUCCAAACGGGCGCCCUCUACUGCUGGAACCCGUUACUGCGACACAAUGGCGAUAUUGCUCCUGUUUCAGUUAUUGUUUGCUGAGCCUAUUCAAUAAUCUUAUUUAUUAUUUGCUUGAAAAUUGUUUCUGCAUUCACCUCGAUAAUGAUAACAUAAAUGUUACUAUGUGUGAAGAGUGGGUCCCACGCAACCAAUUUCAUACGUGUUUAAAUAAUAAGAGCCAUCCGCCCACUGCUUCCUACUGUAAGGAUGUAAAUCAAUGGAUACAAUUUAAGCCCCUCCCAUGCAGAGCAUUCACUGAGUGCCAGAGCUUUGAUCUGCCCAUGCAGGAGCUGUGAGCCUGGAAUGUCCACAGGAGCCCGGAUGGUGGUUCUGGGAGGACCACUGUUAUUUUAUAUCAGAGAAAACUGAAACUAAGUCGUGGAAUGAUGCAAAGGACGCAUGCACCUUCUACAAGGGGACCUCACUGCUCACCAUAAACAGUCAGGAGGAGAAGGUACUGAGUUCACAUAGUUUAGCCAACUGAAAACAUCACAUAUAGAGUGUUAAAUCAAAUCUAGUACAUGGAAAUGGUGCAUAUUACACAUAAAUAUAGUAUAGAAAAAAGUACUGCAUACAUCAUGAAGAUAAAUAUUAUAUAGGCUAUAUAAAUACAUAUUAUAUAGUGUCACGAUAAAUAUUAUAUAGGCUAUAUAAAUACAUAUUAUAUAGCGUCACAAUAAAUAUUAUAUAGACUCUAUAAAUACUUAUUACACAGUGUCACGAUAAAUAUUAUAUAGACUAUAUAAAUACAUAUUACACAGUGUCACGAUAAAUAUUACAUAUACAUAUUAUAUAGCGUCACAAUAAAUAUUAUAUAGACUCUAUAAAUACUUAUUACACAGUGUCACGAUAAAUAUUAUAUAGACUAUAUAAAUACAUAUUAUAUAGUGUCACGAUAAAUAUUACAUAGACUAUAUAAAUACAUAUUAUAUAGUGUCACGAUAAAUAUUACAUAGACUAUAUAAAUACAUAUUAUAUAGCGUCACAAUAAAUAGUAUAUAGACUAUAUAAAUACUUAUUACACAGCAUCACGAUAAAUAUUAUAUAGACUAUAUAAAUACAUAUUACACAGUGUCACGAUAAAUAUUAUAUAGACUAUAUAAAUACUUGUUACACAGCGUCACAAUAAAUAUUAGACUAUAUAAAUACAUGUUAUAUAGCAUGCGGAUAAAUAUUACUAAGACUUUAUAAUUACAUACUGCAUUCUUGGUGUCUCUGCAGGAAUGGGUGUCCUCUAUGAUAAGUGAUCAGGCUUGGACCGGUCUGAGUACAACAUCCAGGGGUCUUAUAUGGACCUGGGCCGACGGCCAGACCCCGACUGUCUCUGCUUCCUGGUAAGAUAUAACUAGGCUGACAAUGUAAUGGUAAAAUCAGUAAAACCAGUCAGGAGUGUAAUAUAGCGGAAUUCUCCUUAUAUUGGCAGGCAUUUCACUGUUUAAUAGUUAUGAUAUAAGAUGUCAAAGUAAUAUGUAGAGUAUUUCCCACUCCGCAGAAACCCAGAAUAAUCUCAAUUAUUAUAAUUUACACCAGAUGCAUUCUGGGAGAUUGACCGAUUUCUGAUCUUUUCAGGUUUUCUGUUACACCACUUGGUUAUAUAAAGAACACUUUCUGUGUUGUCAUCACCCCUGCGCCAGCGUCUUUGGCCGCCCAGGAAUGCGUUCUCUCUUACCGCUGGGUGUGCGAGCAGUCUGGUAAGAGUUUAUUUCUAUUACUCGGAAAAUAAAGGCGGUUUAAUAGAUGAACAUGUGCCCCGCUGACCUAUUCGGGAUAGGCUUACUUACUAGCGCUCCCAUAACCUAUAACGGUAUAGUCUGGGGCGGCCUGUAAUGGUGAAUCUAAAUACGAGGUAAGUCCCCUUCUCGGAUAUUAUUACCAUACAGGUAUAGUCUGGGGCGGCCUGUAAUGGUGAAUCUAAAUACGAGGUAAGUCCCCUUCUCGGAUAUUAUUACCAUACAGGUAUAGUCUGGGGCGGCCUGUUAUGGUGAAUCUAAAUACGAGGUAAGUUCCCUUCUCGGAUAUUAUUACCAUACAGGUAUAGUCUGGGGCGGCCUGUAAUGGUGAAUCUAAAUACGAGGUAAGUCCCCUUCUCGGAUAUUAUUACCAUACAGGUAUAGUCUGGGGCGGCCUGUAAUGGUGAAUCUAAAUACGAGGUAAGUCCCCUUCUCGGAUAUUAUUACCAUACAGGUAUAGUCUGGGGCAGCCUGUAAUGGUGACUCUAAAUACGAGUUAAGGCCCCUUCUUGGAUAUUAUUACCAUACAGGUAUAGUCUGGGGCGGCCUGUAAUGGUGAAUCUAAAUACGAGUUAAGGCCCCUUCUCGGAUAUUAUUACCAUACAGGUAUAGUCUGGGGCGGCCUGUAAUGGUGAAUCUAAAUAUGAGGUAAGUCCCCUUCUCGGAUAUUAUCAUACAGGUAUAGUCCGGGGCAGUCUGUAAUGGAUUCUCUAAAUACGAGAUAAGUGUCCCCUCUCGGAUAUUAUUAGCAUAUAGGUGUAGUCUGGGGCUACAUGUAAUGGUGUCUCUAAAUACAAAGUAAGUUCCUCUCUGAGCAUGGUGAAGACACCGCAAGGCCAAAUAUCUUCAGAAAUGAAUUGAACGAAUGGAGGAUUCGAGUCGGGAAGAAAUGGGGGAUCAAUUUGGACAGGUGUUGACGGAUCCACCCGUGUACACAUUCUGAUUAUUAUAUUUUGUUUUCCUGUAGUCCGGACCCCCUUCCAGCCAAUCCCGGGGAUGAUCAUUCUGGAACCUCUGCCGCAGAGUAUGGCCGGUUACCCAGUACUGAGGGCUGCAGAGUUGGGGUGUCUGAGUAAUAUCCCACAAUGCACUGGGGUGACCCUCUGGAAUGGCAUGUAUUUCUCUGUUAGUGGAACCCAGCUGGUAAAGCACCAACUCGUGGCGGGCACAGCCUACCUGAGAUCAGGUAACAGAUAAACCUGCUGGCAAACAGGACGCACACAGUCCACACACGUCAGGGCCUUGUCUGACUCAUGAUCCCUAGGCAUCCGCCGUAAUUUAUAUUUUGUUAAUAACCCCAUGUAACAGUAUAGGGAAACCAACAUACACAUUAUUGGUGAUAAACGGGUUCAUGCUAUUAUAUAAGCUAUUAUUUAACACAGCCUGAUAUUAAUAAUACAAUCUGUUUUGCCUCCAGCUUGCUCAGUGGGGUAUUAUGGCCCCAGAUGUGCUCAGAGAUGUCCAGUCUGCAUGACAGGAUUGGUGUGUAAUUCUGCGCAGGGGGAGUGCCAGGGUACACAGACUUGUGUGUCCAAAACACCACUAUUAAUGGAUUGUGUAUACGGUCAGUCUUUAUUAGUUAUGAUACACUUACUGUGCUAACUGUAUUACUGUAUAAACUGUAUUUACUAUACUGACUGUAUUUAAUAUACUGACUGUACUGACUGUACUGACUGUAUUUACUGUACUGACUGUAUUCCUGUAUUAACUGUAUUUACUAUACUGACUGCACUAACUGUAUUUACUGUACUGACUGUAUUUAAUAUACUGACUGUACUGGCUGUAUUUACUGUACUGACUGUAUUUCUAUAUUACUUUAUUUACUGUUGUACUAUGCUGACUGUGUUUACUGUACUGACUGUACUAACUGUAUUACUAUACUUACUGUACUGACUGUGCUGACUGUACUAGCUACAUUACUGUACUAACUGCAUUACUCUAUUAACUGUAUUACUGUAAUGACUGUAUUUAAUAUACUGACUGUAAUGACUGUAAUGACUGUAAUGACUGUAUUACUGUUUUAACUGUACUGACAGUUCUAACUGUAUUACUGUAUUAACGGUAGUUACUGUACUGACUGUAUUUAAUAUACUAGCUGUUCUAACUGUACUGACUGUACUAACUGUAUUUACUAUGCUGACUGUACUAACUGUAUUACCGUACUGACUGUAUUUACUAUACUGGCUGUACUAUUUACUAUACUGACUGUUUUAACUGUAUUACUGUACCAACUGUGCUGACUGUAUUCACUGUACCUACUGUAUUUACUAUACUGACUGUACUUACUGUAUGACUGUACUAACUGUGUGUACUGUUCUACUAUACUGACUGUACUAACUGUAUUGCUAUACUUAUUGCAUUUACUAUAUUUACUGUACUGACUGUCUUACUGCAUUUACUGUACUUACUGUAUAGUACUGACAGUAUGUACUAUAUUUAUUAUACUUACUGUAUUGUACGAACUGUACUUACUGAAUUUACUUUGCUGACUAUUAUUUCUGUACUUAUCACAUUUACUGCACUACAUUUAUUAUACUGACUGCAUUAACUGUACUUACUGUUCUAACUGUACUUACUGUAUUGUACUGACUGUACUUACUGUAUUGUACUGACUGUAUAUACUAUAUUUACUCUAUUGGCUACACUUACUGUAUUGUACUAACUAUACAUACUAUAUUUACUGUAUUGGCUGUACUUACUAUAUUAUACUAACUGUACGUACUAUAUUUACUGUGUAACGAAUGGUUGGUAUUUCGUAUACCCAUUCGUUCGUAUGCUCCCGAAAGGCUAGGGACUUUGACUAUAGCCUGUUCGCCUGGAGUGCUGAUUCGUCCGUUCCCGAAAUCCAAAUUGCAUAAAGUAAAACCAGCGGUUUGUCAGUCACAUACCCAAACAUCAGUCGAGACUUGAUGAAGGGUACAUCAGAAAUAUUUUAUUCUGGCCAGACGGCCUGCUUUUAUACACAUCAGUGAUACAGUCAAAUACACCCAUAACACUCCCACAACACGCCCAUGAAUUUCUGAGUUAGGAUGACUGCAUAAAAACAUCAAAUAUUAAAAAUACAUAGAAACACAUAUAAGACAAUAAGGAAUCCCCACAAAUAUUAUAUCCCCGGAUAGCUUGGGUCUGAGUGCCCAAGUUAUCUAAAUAGCGCUCAGGUCCCAUGAAUACAGCCGAAUCGCCACUGGGGUAAAGUUUUGACCAACCCCUCAAGAGGCGUCUGCCCAAAUCCGUUCCAGAGUUUCAAUGGUAACAGUCGGUCCAUUUCGGGAGUUCCAAACUGAACAAAAAGACAAACGGUUCCCCUGGCUUAUAGGUAGCUUUUGUUCGCCUUGUUCGUGCGAACAAACCUCCCGAACGGCGCUCUCCUGGCUUGUCGCGGAAAGAUGCAGGCAUUUGUAUCUUUUCAUCUGUGGUUGUUCGCGAGGUUGAGUGUCCGACUUAGAGUUCCAGACACUCCACAACCAAGUCCCGCUGUUUGCGUUUAUGCGACAAGAUAGCCACCAUUUUCUCCAGCACGUGGUGUUCGGUUAUACGAACUGUGGUGAAAGUAACCUCACCACGGGCUCCUGGAGGAGCCUGCUUGCCAGCCUCUUGACCCAGGACUAAGGGCCCUGGAAAAGCCAUGAAGAAAAGACUUGGUUUGUGCCAUUUCUCCAUACUGUUCGGGAACCGAACAUGCCCAUGAACUAUGGACCACCUGGUAGCUUGUUAAGCCCUAUCAUCACCUCUUAACGAUUCUAACCACAGUGUUCUAAUUGUCUGUCUGGGUGGCCGCAGUUUGUAUGAACGACCAUGAGGUGGCGGCGAUCUUGUUCCCAUGAACGGAGGCAGCGGUGUUUAGUCGUCGAGCUCAUGGAACUGAAAUCGGACACUGAAACUCCCGAACACCGCUGGACUUCCAUCAUCGCCUGCAUUCAUUUCUACACCACCUGGAAGGACACUGUUUGGUGGAAUAGUUCGUCUGGAUGAGGGGAACAAGCUACACGGUAUGACUAUUGUCUACGUUCAGUAGUUUGUUAGUUUUAAACUACCGAACGUGACCGACAGCUACCACUUUUUCCCUGGAACUGUUUUGGGCAUAGGACCAUGUGUGCAGUCGGUCAAAUUAUGACUUCCAUUGAAAACCCGAACCCCUGUACCGAUCUGGGUGAUUUUUGGAUAUGCUGGUCACCCAGAUCGGGGCUAUCAGGGGAUGUGACUUUUGUGGGGUUUUCAUGUGUUUUGGUCGUACUUUUGGGGUGUCUGUAAAAUGUGUGUUUUCUGUGCCUGGAGAUAAUUAAGUUUGUACAGUUCCUGACUCAGUUAUCUUUCAGGCACAGGGGAGGGAUUACCCUGUUGUUUUGUAUAGAAAACCCCUUGCAUUAGCUAUUGCUUAAAAGGCCAUGUGUGGCCUCUAAUAAAGAGAUGACUCCAAGCAUUAAGCAUUGGCUCAUGUGUGGGGGGAACAGCUAUACUACUAUAUCACUUUUACUUUUACUAGCUAUACAGCUAUACUCUCUUGGAGGAGCUGAAUCCCACUGGGAGCUGAAUCCAGGUGUUUGGUCCAGAGUGAGAAGAGACGUCGAGACCCCAGCAAAACUGCAGUGGCUAAGGGGGCUACGGUGGUUAUGGUGUCCGGUGCAGUGCUUAUGGUACUAGAGCACUAGGAAGCGUGAUUGGUGGAGGUACCCAGUCGGGGUGCCUAACAGAGAAAGCACUUAAUUCUGUGGUUUCUUUGAACUUAAUGAACCAGGGGGAUGGUCGAUGUUCGGUAGAUUUAUCUACCGAAUUCAGAGAAAGUAACUUGGGGAAUAAAGUAUAUAGUUUUGUCACAUGGCUCCCCCCCAGUUCUAUGGUGCCACACACCCACCUAGACCCUGACAGGUUGGCUUGGGGAUGUCCAGGAAAAAUAAUUACGGUUCCAAUUCCGUCAGCCUGAAUAAUCCAUCUGCAUUGCCGUUUUGUUUGCCUGGCCUGUACUGAAAUUGUAGGGUUGCAAGACACCAGUGCAGCAAACAGGGUUUAUCUCCUGUAGACAUGUGCAUUCGUUAUCGGACGAAUUUUCUGACUUUUUCGUAUUUGUUUACUAUAACAUAAACAAAAGUCCUACAAACGAAUUAUAUAUGAAACGAAAGGGCAAAUACCGAAUGCACCUUUUUGUUUCAGUUCUUUUGUUUAAUAGACUCCGUGCUGCAGGAGAAUUAACCCCCACAGCACUUAGGAGAAACAAAAAAACCUGGAUCUCCCUGCAGCAGCAGGAGACUUAACCCGUGUGUGUAAGAGUCUUGGGCCGGAACUUACCACCUAUUUGUAUGUUUUCCCCUUUAUUUCGUAUGUUUUAUCCUUUUUCCGUUCGGGAGUACUUCAUACGAACAGAAUCCAUUCGUCUCCCGAACGAGGACCACCCCUGUACCCCAUUAGAACACCAGAUAACACCAGCAACUUAAGUGCAAAACCGCAAGAGCAGUAAUUAAUCAUUAAUAUGGGGAUCAUAGUGACCCCCAUAGGUUUUAAUGCAGGGAGUAGGAAUAGUUAUUUAUUACAAGGAGGGAGCUAGUAGCGCUGCUGGCUCCGUUCUUCCUUCCUUCCUUCCUUUUUUUUUUUUUUCGCAUGUGCAGUGUUAUUUUUGUCUUAAUGGACGAAAAAUAAUUAUUUUUACCAAAAUUAAUCUGAAAAACGAAUGUUUUAGAGACUAAAUUCGGAAUGGACGAAUUACAUUUUUAGUUAGUACGAAUUCAUGCAUACGAAACGAAAAUUUCACUUGUGCACAUGUCUAAUCUCCAGCGACUCUGUUCAGCCAGAUGUGAGGGGGUUGUGGUCUGUCAUCAAAGUGAAGGGAUGACCAUAGAGAUAGGGCUGCAAUUUCUUUAAUGCCAUACAAGAUCCAAACAUUCUUUUUCCAUGGUGGCAUAGCUGACUUCCCUGGUUAACAGUUUUUGGCUGAGAUAUGCCACCAGGUGCUCCAUUUCAUCAUCCCCCACUUGGCUUAGCACGGCUCCAAGCCCAAACAUGGAGGCAUCUGUGUGGACAAGAAACUUUUUAGUAUGGGUUGGGGCAGCCAUUACAGGUGCCUCGCUCAGCGCUGUCUAGAGUCUCUGGAAAGCGGCCUCGCACUCCGGGGACCACACUACCUGUCUGGGAAGUGACUGCCCCUGGAUAUCUAAUAGCAUAACCUACCACCGUAGGAUGUAGCUCUUACCCGAGGUACUGGGCUUAUAAAGGGGGCCUAUCAAGUCCACCGCUACUUGGUGGAAGGGUUCUUCUAUUAGGGGCAAGGAGUAUAGUUUGGGCCUCGGGAGGCCACCACUCUUCCCUAUCUUUUGGCAGGCAUCACACUUCCUGCAGUAAUUUUGCAGGUCACGUGUGAUCCCUGUCCAGAAGAAGGUCUGGGUUAACCGGUCUUUAGUUUUCAGAAUACCCAGAUGUCCUGCUAGUGGAAUGUCGGGGCUGAGCUUGAGAAGCUCUGCCCUAUAUUUAGAGGGCACUAUCUGCUGCCUUUUCGCUACUUGCUCAGCUCCGAUCCCCGUGUCACCCUGUAUAAUAACCCCUUCUCCCAUUAAAACCUUUCAUGUGCUAUAUCUCCCUGGGGGGACUCUGCCACCUUCCUAUACUCUUCUAAUGUGUGGUCUGCCCCCUGUUCCUGUUCAAAACCUUGGGGGGUACCAGGGUCCUACGGAGUGCGACCGCUCCCCCUGGCGGGCUUGCAAUAUUAUGGUCACCAGGUUUUGUUGGUUCGGGCUUGUGACUUUAUCUUGUGUGGCUGUACUAGGGUGAGGGUGGCGCUAUUGUCUCUCAGGCACCUUGCCUCCUGCCCGUUGAUGUUGACCCACUGCUGAUGAUCAUGCAGAACAGUCCACUUCUCCUCAUUGUAUCCUUAUGUGGUGGCAACUUGUAAGGACUAUCCUGCUACACUCUCUAGAGUAGGAGAGGUCUACCCACUGAAAGCAGAGAAAACAUAUCUGAAGCAUAUCAGACUGAUCCCACCUGUACGGGCAGUCCAGAUCCAAAAUGCCAGCAAUGUUCUCUCUGUAAUGGCACAAGAUGCGCUAAAACCAGCUUGAGAUCUACCCACCGGGGACCCACCGAAGGGCAGGUUAUUUCGUCUGCUGUCCGUUCUCAGUAUACUCUUGUGCUCCGUUUUUUUGCUCUACUCUAUUGUACUGUACUGACUAUACUUAGUGUAUUUACUAUAAUUCUGUACUGGCUAUACUUACUGUAUUUACUCUACUUACUGUAUUGUACUAACUGUACUAACUGUACGUACUAUAUAUACUGUACUUAGUGUAUUUACUAGAAUUCUGUACUGGCUGUACUAAUUAUAUUUCCUGGCUGAGAUCUAAUGGCUGUAUUGUGGGUGUUUUUUCUUGAUGCAGCUCUGAUCAGCACCCUCUGCCCUGGUGACCGUUGGCGAUUAUGGAAUAAAGGCUGUUAUUAUAUAGAGACGACAACCGGUAAAACUGCUCCAGAUUCAUCCCUGUUCUGUGAGAGAUUUCGAGAAACGAACCUUCUGACUGUGGAUACAGACACAGAAAAGGUUUCGUACCGGGUCCAGUAA